GUCAAUCGGAUAUUAAAGAUCCAACAAUAUUAAUGACUGGAAUGAACGGAACAUUAUACUUUGUUGGAUACCUUUCGUAUUUUAUUGACAGUUUAUUAAUUGUGACCACUUACAAAACGUUAAGGACAACUGUAAUUCUUGUACUCCAUAAAUCUGGCCAGUAUGGAAGUGACAUGACAGAAAGACAUGGUUGACUGAAAGUUACUAAAAGUCAUGUUUGCAGUGUGCCAGGAGCCAUGGCACAGGCACCGCAGACAUGGAGAACAGGUGUUCUGGUCAGACAAGACCAAAGCUGAGCAUCUGGGCGUAAAUGCAACGAACUACAUGUGGUGGAGAAGUAUCACCCUAAACAUCAAAUCGCUUAUCAAAGAAUAUUCAUGUGUAACCUCUACUAAAGAAUGAGCAAACGUUUCAGGAUCUAGAUGUGCUUUAAAUGCAGCUAGGUGGCUUUACAAAGUAUACACAGUAUUAACAAACCAUCAUUUCUGGUUGUGAAGUUUCUUUUUUCCCCCCGAUUUGUAAUGGUGGUAAACAUCCUGUGGUGCAGGAAGGUUAAGGCCUGUUGAUGGCAAACAUUCAAUGAUGAUGAGCAGGAGAUCCCCGUAAACCAGCCUCUGUGGAGAAGAUGCAGCUGACUCACGUGGAGACAGGAGAGGAGGGUGGAGAUUAUUUAGCUGGAUGAGAUGAAGAGGCAUCAUAGUUCAGCUGCAAUGAUGGAGGAAGGUGAACUCUGUUUUCCACAGCUUUUGAACUCGUCCUGCAGGAGGCUGGAGCUCCCUCACACUGAGCUUAUGCUUUAUUACGUGGUGCUUUCCUGCCUCUCUGGUUUGACUGCACUUCUCAACCUGCUGGUCAUCAUCUCGCUCUCACACUUCAGGCAGCUCCACACUCCCACUAACCUCCUCCUCCUUUCUCUGGCUGUCUCAGACUUUUUGGUUGGACUUUUGCUGUUUUUUCAGAUUUUGCUUAUAGAUGGCUGCUGGUACUUUGGUGACAUCGUGUGUACUCAGUAUCAGUAUUUGGCCUAUUUUAUAACUUCUGCAUCAAUAGGAACCAUGGUGCUCAUAUCUGUUGAUCGUUACGUGGCUAUUUGCUACCCCUUGCAUUACUCCACCCACGUGACGGCAGACAGAGCGAGACUCUGUAUCUGUCUGUGUUGGAUCUGCUCUUGGAUAUUCCAAAUUCUGAUUCUGAAAGACAACCUACAACAACCUGGCAGGUUCAACUCCUGCGUCGGAGAGUGUGUGUUUGUCGUCAACAACACAGCCACAUAUACUGAUCUGAUAUUCUCCUUCAUUCUUCCCAUCACUGUGAUUGUUGUUUUGUAUGUCAGAGUGUUUAUAGUAGCCGUGUCACAGUCUCGAGCCAUGCGCUUGCACGUUGGAGCCUCUGCGGUCAAAAGUUCUGCAUUUGCUAAGACUUCUCAGAUAAAAGCAGCAAAAACUCUUGGUGUGGUUGUGAUUGUGUUUUUAAUGUGCAUGUGUCCUUUUUACUGCGUUUCCCUCGCAGGUCAACAAACCGCGCAACAUUUUGUAGUCAGUUUGUUCUACGUCAACUCUUGUCUAAACCCAGUUUUCUACGUCUUUUUUUAUCCCUGGUUCAGAAAAUCUAUCAAGCUCAUUUUUACACUUCAGAUACUUAAUCGUCAUUCAUGUGACAUAAACCUUUUGUAGAUCCAUCCAU